CAGAUGAAAUGAUGCACUGUGUAACAUGUUCUGCUCCUGUGAAUAUUGCUGUUGUCAAAUAUUGGGGUAAGAAUGAUGAGACAUUGAUACUUCCAGCCAACUCUUCAGUCAGUGUGACUCUUCAUCAGGACCAGCUUCAAGCUCAGACUAGUGUCGCUGUCAGCCACCAUUUUGAGAAGGACAGGAUAUGGCUCAACGGAAAAGAGCAGUGCAUUAACAACCCAAGGAUUCAAAACGUCAUCAGAGAAAUUAAAAGAAGAGCCAGAAAACGGAAGGUUAGUAGCCGUGAUACAGAUACUGAGAAGUUGAACUGGAAAAUCCAUAUUUGCUCAAAGAAUAACUUUCCUACUGCAGCAGGACUGGCCUCAUCAGCUGCUGGAUAUGCCUGUCUAGUGUAUGCUCUCAAGUGUUUGUAUGAUAUAGAUGGUGAUAUCUCUGCCAUUGCCAGAUGUGGAUCUGGGAGUGCCUGUAGGAGUAUACAUGGAGGGUUUGUUGUGUGGAACAAAGGUGAAGAAAAUGAUGGUACAGAUUCUAUAGCUAGGCAGAUACAGCCACAUACACACUGGCCAGAUCUUCGUGUACUUAUACUGGUGGUGAAUGAGCAGAAGAAACACACUGGAAGUACAGAAGGAAUGCAAAUAACUAUGAAAACUAGUGAAUUAUUGCAGGGGAGAAUUCGAUGUGUUCCUGACAAGGUGGAGAAGAUCAAUCAGGCCAUCAACGACAGAGAUUUCCAAACAUUCGCAGAAAUAACAAUGAAGGACAGUAACCAAAUGCAUGCAUGUUGUCUGGAUACCUACCCACCCAUCUCCUACUUAACUGAUGUGUCCAGAAGAAUCAUUCAGCUGGUGCAUCAUUUUAACAGAAGCUGUCAGCAAACUAAGGUGGCUUACACAUUUGAUGCUGGUCCAAACGCAUGUCUAUUCCUUCUAAAGAAAGAUGUCCAGAGGUUUCUUCAUCUUGUGAAGCAAUUUUUCCCCCCAACUACAGAAGAAAAAGAUUUUAUUAGAGGAAAAACUGAAGAGUUAACAGAGACCGUGUCAAAUGGUAAUGAAGAAGAUAGGAGUUAUUUCCCCCUUGAUCCCGUCGCUGACAGUUUGAAGUAUAUCAUAUACACAAUGCCUGGCCCCGGCCCUCAGGAACUACCUCCUGACCAAAGUCUCUUGGAUAAAGAUGGCUUGCCUAAGACACUUUCCUGAAUUUUCUUUAUUUUUGUA